GUUGCAUUAGAUGAGCUAAUCCAACGGAUUAUUCUUCUAACACAACGGAUAGUGUUCCCGAAUUUUUUUUUUUUAUUUUUCAGUUGGAGCUAAUCCAACGGAUCAGUGGAGCUAAUCCAACGGAACAGCCCCAAAAAAUAAAAAAAGAAAAAAGAAUAAGACCUAAUACAACGGAUGAGUAAAAAAAAAACAAAAAAAAACCGGGAAAUGCUGAAAUAUUAGAGCCAAAAAUGAAAUUGAAACCCCUUUCCCAAACUUCUCCUUCCUUCGUUCUCCUCCCUAGCUCGCUGCUGCUCCUUCCUUCGUUCUCCUCCCUAGCUCGCCGCUGCUCGCUGCCGCCGCUGCUUCGUUCUCCUCCCUCGCCGCCGCUGGUUCGUGCUCAAAUCUCUAUUUAAGAAAUGAGUUAGAUGAAUUGAUCUUAGGUGCACUGACGAACUACAACGUUCUCUAUCUUAAAAUUGGAAUCUUGAAGCUAUUUCUUGUUAGGUACUUUCUACCAGAAACAUCAAGUGAAUUGUCCUCGAAAAGGAAAAAACAUCGAGGUCGAACAAUGCUCCACAGGGUUCACGCACGUUCAAGAGAGGAGCGUCUUGUGAUUGUUCUGAACUCAUUAGGUCAGCCAGUUGGACCUACUAAGGAGAUUGUGCAAGAGUUCAAGUUUUUUCUGGGAACGGUGGCAAGGGAUUCCGAACUUGCACCGCUUAACUACAGAACUUUUCCUAGCCUACCGACACUUGAUAAGAUAUUGGAUUAUGUCUAGGAGAAGUAUAUGGUCCCCCAUGCCGGGUUAAAUUGGGUGAUGGAUGCUGUAAAUAGUUGUUGGAAAUAUUAUAAAUGCCAAAUCAAGAAGAAACACUUCUAUGCAUAUGAUACGGAUGAUUUAAGGUGGGAACAUAAACCAGAUACAAUCUCCGAUCAGAUGUUCCUAGAUCUUCUACAAUAUUGGCAUACCGAUGAGGCGAAGGCAAUUAGCCAAAGCAACAAAAGCAAUCGUCUAAUGUUAGAUGAUAUGCACACUUUGGGACGCAAAUCAUAUGCUAUUUUACGCCAUGAGUUGAAACAACAAGAUCCCGACAAGAAAGAACCUUCUCAAGCAAAGGUUUACAAGGAAUCAAGAAAAAAAAGUGCUGAAAGGACAUACAUUAGCAGCUUUGAAAAAGCAAAAGAGAAUAUUGACAAAAUUGAUGCUUUGGAGUCAGCACAAUCACAAGAAGAUGGUAAUGUAUGCAAUGACCCUUACAGUGAAGUGAUUCCACCUUCUAAACGCAAAAGUUGUUUGCAUCUAUAUGGCUCGGGUGUGAAGAAGAGUGAUUUGAAGAACAAAGAUACAAAGUCAAAUUACAUACUCCCGGAGGAAUUCCUGGUAGGCAUAAAAACACAAUUAGUCCAAGAAAUUGCACCUACCAUCACCGCUGCAGUUUUGGAUUCGAUUCGCGAGGUGAACCCCGGGAUUAAUCUUGUGGUUCCUAGUACUCUGCAGCAAUUGACUCCGCAUGAUGCAUCUAGUGCACCAAAUCAAAAUACUGCCCAAAGUGGACAAUCUUCAAAAUCAUUUAAUCAGGUGGUUGAUGACGAUGAGCUACCCCGGGAUGAAUGAAGUAAGGACUAAUGUUGAUUUUAUGUAUCUAUUGCAACUUCUAGAGAGCUUUCAAAUUAAACGUUUGUUAAUUAAUUAGCUAGUGAACUUUCAUUUAUAAUUAGUUAGUAUUGACACUUCGUUUACUUUUGUAAUGCAACGAAUAUAUAUUAUAUGUACUUCGUUUAUUUUGUAAUGCAACGAAGAUAUAUUAUAUGUACUUU